CAUUCGUCAUUGUACAGAUGGUAGCAACAGUUCAUCAUGGCCUCCAAGAUAUCUAGAAUCCGACAGAUGGAACAUCUGACCAUUGCUGUCCUGCUCUUGUAUGUUGGCUCAUCAUUGGCUCAAAAAGACUGCAAAGGCGUCGUGUGUGAUCCUCUAGAAUCCUGCAUUGAAGAAGCACUCGAGGAGGGCUCUUGUUGCCCAAAAUGCGCGCAGAUUGGAUGCACCUGUGAGGGCUACCAGUACUACGAUUGCGUGAACGUUGGCUUUAAAGAUGGCAAGGUGCCUGAAGGCGAUUCCUACUUUGUGGAUUUCGGAAGCACUGAGUGUUCCUGCCCGCAGGGUGGUGGGAGGAUUAGUUGCCACUUCAUCCCUUGCCCCGAGCUGCCCCCGAAUUGCAUCGACAUCAUUCAGCCAUCAGACGGCUGCAUUCAGUGCGGGCGAAUCGGGUGCAUUCAUGGGGGAGAGAAGUACGAGGCCGGGCACACUUUUCACAUGUCCCAGUGCAAGUUUUGCCACUGUCCCAAUACUGGAGGAGACUUGAUGUGCUACCCCCUGCCCCACUGCAGCUCCGAGAGUGACAACAGCACCCAACUCAUGGACACGACGGAGAGUGACCCAGAGAGACAAUACGACUACCCCUACAGUCACGAACAAGAGGAGCCCAUCAACAGCGAGGUCAUGGAAAGGAACAAUAACUACAAAAGAAAUGCCCUCCAGGACCACUCCAUGGCCGACUAUGAGGAUAAUGCUGACGAAGUCAUUGAUGUCGAACUUUCACCAACGCCGAGUUUACCAGCCAAGCCGGAAGAGUUUACAACGACAGCUUAUGAGAUGCAUCUCUCUACCCGGCCUGAGAGGACCACCCUUAACGCCCAGACCACCCAGAGAUCCAGCACUCUGGCACCAAACACACCCAAAGUCACCACCGUUAAAGCUUUACCCAAGACUACAGCGCAACCAACACAACAACAGGAGCUUCAUGAGCCAACAAGUUCAACAUUGGCAACCACAGAGCAACCAAACACUACCCCGUCUAUUGAAAAAAGCCCGGCCACAGAAGAGACUCUGAAAUCAGAUCCAGAAAUAAACAGCACAGAGCGCUCGGUUCCACUGGAAACUGGAACUGAUUCCCCCAAAGAGGAAAAAGAAGGAAAUGUUCUCUCGCGAACCGUGAAAUCAACAACAGCAUCUGUCCUCCUUAGUCCAAGUCCCUCAACGGGGCCGCAAGUACUGCUUCCUGUAUUAGUGAGUGAAGGCGGGGCUCCAAAUGACAUUUUCAAUCAUUCAAGACUGCAUGACGGAUCAUCGAAGGAUCUGAUCGAGUCGUGCUGCGCGGCCGGUCAGCAAUGGUCCAUCAACUUCGGAGAAUGUGAGAACAUGCCGCUCGACCCCUCCGAGGAUUGCCGGCUGGCACAGAGACAAUGCUGCCUCUCCUACAUCAAGGAGAACACGUGCAUCGCCGGGAUGAUCGCCGCCAAGGAGGACGGACUCUGCCCAGCCGCGGAGAACGAUCUGUGCGAGCGCUCACACUUCAAGCUGUGCUGCGAUUGCUGCUCCCUGGGACUGAAGAUCAGGAAAGAGGGAGAAUCCUGCGAGUCCAACCUGAACCUGGGCUACCCCUGUAACCACAUGAUGGUCCUGUGCUGCAACGGGGAGGAGCAACUCAUCCCGCCAGACCUAAUGAUCCCGCCCAAAGCGGAGCCAACACCCGAGCCAGACAAGGACGUCGAUGAAUGCGUUCUGAACACGCACACGUGCGCCACAAGCGAGCGCUGCGUCAACACGGUUGGAUCGUUCGUAUGUGUGCCGGAGGUGAUGUGCCAGCCCGGGUUCCUGUUAGAAGAGGGCGUGUGCCAAGAUGUUAAUGAAUGUGCGGCGAGCCCCGCCCCCUGCAAGCCUGGCUUCGCUUGCGUCAACACCCUGGGAUCCUACGUGUGCCAGAGAAAACACCUGAACUGCAACCGAGGAUACCGACCCAACGAGAACGGGACGAUGUGCAUCGACUUUGACGAGUGCGGCGCCGGCACCCACAACUGCUCCGCCGAGCAGACCUGCACCAACCUCCCCGGAUCACACCGCUGUGACUGUAAGGUGGGGUAUCGCUACGACGCCUUCCGGAGGACGUGUAUCGAUGUCAAUGAAUGUUGGACGUACCCGGGGCGCCUGUGCCACCACACCUGUGAGAACACUGUCGGCUCCUACCGCUGUUCUUGUUUUGCCGGAUUCCGCUUGUCGCAGGACGGGAGACACUGUGAAGACGUGAACGAGUGCGAGCAGAACCCGUGCAACCAGGAGUGCACCAACAUUUACGGGUCCUACCAGUGUUACUGCAAGGAGGGCUACAAGCUGGGCGACGACGGCGUCUCCUGCGAAGAUAUAGACGAGUGUCAGCAGAGCAUCGGGACCCUGUGUGUCUUCGCCUGUGUGAACACGCCGGGGAGUUACCAGUGCGCCUGCCCCGAGAACGGUUACACCAUGUCCGCCAAUGGGCUGUCCUGCAGAGAUAUUGAUGAAUGUGGCAUCGGGACGCACAACUGCUCUGCGUCGGAGGAGUGCUACAAUGUUCUGGGGAGUUACAAGUGUCUGUCCUUCGAAUGUCCGGAAAACUACCGAAGAGUCUCAAACAUGAAGUGCGAGAGGAUUCAAUGCUUCAACUACCAGGACUGUCAGAACACACCGGCGCGGAUCUCCUACCAGCGCCUCAACUUCCCCACCGGCGUGGUGGUCCCGGCCCAGAUCUUCCGCAUCGCCCCGUCGCCGGCCUACGCGGGCGACAACAUCCUCAUGGACAUCAAGAAGGGGAACGAGGAGAAUUACUUCAGCGUCAGGAAGUUCAACCCGUACACGGGGAUCCUGAACCUCCAGAGACCCGUCAGGAAGCCCAAAGACUUCCUCCUGGACGUGGAGAUGAAGCUCUUCCGCCAGGGGACGGUGACCAGCUUCCUGUCCCGGAUCUACAUCUUCAUCACCGCCAACGCCUCCUAAUACCACGCGCGGCGCCACCCGGAGAUGUACCGUGUACCGCAUCAUAUAUGAGGGACGCUCGGUGGUAAUA